GUAAACCGAUAAGCUGCCACACUCCACCAUUAGACAUCCAGGCCGGUUCAAAUUCAAUCCCUUCAACCCUUAUAAUCCCUCUCAUCUCUCCCACCCUAAACCAACCAUAUAAUAUCCACCAACGUACAAACCUAGGAAGCUCUACCCAGCUAAUGGAAUCAUCGCCGCCGCCACAGCCGCCCCCACCAUCGGUGGUCUCGGAGCUGGAGGGAACUCUUCUGAAGGACCAAGAUCCUUUCCCCUACUUCAUGCUCUUAGCGUUCGAGGCCUCCGGCCUGGUCCGGUUCGCCCUACUCCUGAUUCUGUGGCCGGUGAUUCGCCUCCUCGACGCCGUGGGGAUGGGGGACGCCGGGCUUCGGCUGACCAUCUUUGUCGCCGUCGCUGGUCUCCGGGAGCCAGACAUCAAAUCGGUGGGGAGAGCGGUAAUGCCGAAGUUUUACGUAGAUGAUGUGGAGAUGGAAGCUUGGAGGGUGUUUAGCUCCUUCGACAAGAGAGUUGUGGUGAGCAAAAUGCCUACGAUUAUGGUGGAGAGGUUCGUGAAGGAACACUUGCGAGCCGACCAAGUUAUUGGGACUGAACUGGUUGUGAAUCGGUUCGGGUUUGCUACCGGGUUCGUUAGGGACAAAGUUGGUUCGGUUUCUGAUCGCGUCGCCGGACUGUUCGGGGAUGAGCCGCCCUGUUUAGGAUUGGGAAGGUCCCGACGUGGAUCCAGUUCUUCCUUCUUGUCAUUGUGCAAGGAACAGUCCCACCCGCCAUUCACCGCCAACCAAAACAACACCGACCACCACCUCCGCCCGUUGCCUGUGAUUUUCCACGACGGACGGCUCGUAAAGCGCCCGACACCAUCAACCGCUCUCCUCAUCAUCCUGUGGAUCCCUCUGGGCAUUUUGCUCGCUACCAUUCGCAUCCUCAUCGGACUUAUACUCCCACUGUCCACCAUUCCCUACGUCUCCAGCAUAUUCGGCGCCAAAGUCAUCAUCAAAGGAAAGCCGCCGCCGGCAGUGUCCGGCACCAACACCGGCGUCCUAUUCGUCUGCACCCAUCGAUCCUUAAUGGACCCCGUCGUCCUCUCCACCGUGCUCCGGCGAAAGAUCACGGCUGUCACCUACUCCAUUUCUCGGCUGUCGGAGAUCCUCUCGCCGAUACCCACCGUCCGGCUAACGAGGGUCCGGAAUUUAGACGCCGAGAUGAUCAAGCAAGAACUGGCGAAAGGAGAUCUGGUGGUGUGUCCGGAGGGAACCACAUGUCGGGAACCCUUUCUUCUGAGGUUUAGCGCGCUCUUCGCGGAGUUAACGGAUCGGAUCGUGCCCGUGGCGAUGAACUACCGGGUCGGGUUCUUUCACGCGACGACGGCGAGGGGGUGGAAGGGUUUGGACCCGGUUUUCUUCUUCAUGAACCCUCGGCCGGUGUACGAGGUGACGUUCCUGAGCGAGUUGCCGGCGGAGGCCACGUGCUCGGCUGGAAAAAGCCCUCAUGACGUGGCGAAUUACGUGCAGAGGAUCUUGGCUGCUACGCUUGGGUUUGAGUGCACCAACUUUACUAGGAAGGACAAGUAUCAGCUUCUCGCCGGGAAUGAUGGAACUGUGACGUCGUCGUCGCCGGCUAGCUCGUACGGUAAAGCGAAGAAGGUCGUGGACGCAUUUAAGCCGUCUAUUCACUAAAAAUUAAUAAGAUGAGAGUUAUCUCUCUGUUUUAUUUUUCUUCUUCAUUAUGAUAUAUUUUUACUCCAUUAUGGUGCGUGCAUGCAUAUAUAUGAUAUCUCUUUGUACAAAA